GUCAACAAAGGCACGUGACGCCCUAACGCGCUCCCAUAUUUGGCCGCAUACAUGGCAAAAACGAAGUACAGUGCAUUGCUAUAAUUCAUUUUUCCAUCAUAAAUUGUGCUGCGCGGGAUUUUAACGACCGAGACCUGCUCAUCAAGAAAGGCUUUUUAGAAAUCUCCAAAUGAGCUCUUAUUUUCUAAACUCCUUCUCAGGGCGCUAUCCAAAUGGCUCCGACUAUCAGUUACUAAAUUAUGGGACUAACGGCGCUAUGAACGGCUCUUACAGGGACUCCACGAGCAUGCACCCCGGCUCUUUCGGGUACACCUACAAUGGAAUAGACCUCAGCGUGAACCGCUCCAGCAACAACAACGCCCAUUUCGGCAGCGUCGGAGAGAGCGGCCGCGCUUUCCCGAGCCCCGGCGCAGACGCGCGGUACAGGCAGACGAGCUGCUCGCUGGCGUCUCCGGAGCAGCUGCCGUGCGCCAACAGCGAGAGCCUGAGCCUCAAAGGCUCCUCUCCCUCCUCCGAGCAGAGCGCGACCGGGGGCAGCGGCAGGCUGACGGGAGGCGGCGGCGGCGGCGGCGGCGGCACAAACAGCGCGCACUUCGUGGAAACGGACGAGACGAGCGUGGUGUCGGAGCCGGAGGAAGGCGCGCAGCCCAGCAACCCGAACCCGCGAGCGCAGAAACAAGAAACGGUGGCCACCUCCACCUCGGCGCCCAGCGACGGGCAAACGCCACAGAUAUUCCCGUGGAUGAGGAAACUUCACAUUAGUCACGAUAUGACUGGACCUGAUGGGAAACGAGCUCGAACUGCCUACACUCGCUACCAAACGCUAGAGCUGGAGAAAGAGUUUCAUUUCAAUAGGUAUCUGACCCGGAGGAGGAGGAUAGAGAUAGCCCACGCACUGUGCCUCACGGAGAGGCAGAUUAAAAUUUGGUUCCAGAAUCGGAGGAUGAAGUGGAAAAAGGACAAUAAGCUGAAAAGCAUGAGUUUGGCUACGGCGGGAAGCGCUUUCCAAAACUGACCAUAUUCGACCAUAGUUGAAAAUAUUCGACUACUGUUAUCGCACUGCACCUUUUCUUUCCCUGCUUGGCGUCAUCAGGCAUCCGACUUCUCUGUGUAACUUGGUGUAAAACACGACAUUUUUGUCAGCCGUUGAAUAUUGUUCAUCCCAUAUAGGCUAUAGGCUACUGGUAGCCUGUUUCCAGCUGCCGUGAAAUAAGUGUAAAUGCUACGUAUCGAGGUUAUACUUUCGUGGAAGAAAGCAUGUUCCAUGUAAACGCUCUUUGUGUGCAACUCCAGACCUGUAACAGGAAUAUUGUACAGUAACAACACGCACUACCUAUAUCAGAGGCGAUAGUCGAAAAAAAGAAAACUUUGUUGUACUCUUAUAAACCUGUAUAGAAACGUCAGUGUAGACCGUUUUCCAGUUUUUUGCAGGACAUUUAUGCUUGUGCCGCGUUUAUUAUGAAGUUCAUUUCUUGCAUAGGAUAGUCACAUUGCGAAAAUAUUAAAAAAAAGAAAAGAAAAGAAGUAAUCUAUAUUCGCACUUAGCCUACGUUUGUGUACUUUAUGUUGCAUCUAAACAUUUCGGGGCUCGUAAAAUGUUCCAUGAAGGGUGAAAUAUGUUUGAUGUCCAAUAUUUUAUUUGUACUAUGUGAGUGGUGUAUGUUCCGUGUUGAAACGCAAGAAAAGCCGAGGAAAAUGUUUUAACAUUGAUAUGCUGGAUAUUUUGCCAGCUGGGGUUUUUUUUCUAUUUGUGUCGAUUGAAAAAAAAAGGUUGGUCAUUCUAAUUUGAAAAAUAAAGU